CAGCACUUCCACCAGAAGAGUUUAUCUGAACAUCUUGCAUGAGCAAAGGCAUCCAGACUUGUGACUACAGGCUGAUUGCAUAAUAUCCGGCAGAUUCAUUAUACCACCACAAGAAAAAAAAAAAAAAAAAAAACCUUUAGGUAAAUCAAACCCCCAACCAGGAAACAGGAAGUCUAGAACUUGAUGACAGCGGGGGAGGAAGUCAGAGAGCAAUGGCAAUGCGGUCGCUUGUGUGAGGUGCUGCGAGGACCAGAGGAGAAACUGUGAGAUGAGCUCGUUACUGUUGGCAGGGUUGCUGGUGGUCUUUCUGGCUGGACGAUGCACAGUGUUAGCAGAUGUCACUGAGAAACCAGUACUUCAGGAAAACCCAGAUGUGAGUACAAAAACCCCAGAGGAAUCCCUGUCUACUCAAGAAUACCCAGAAGAAGAUUAUGAUGAUGAUGAGGCAGACGGUACUGAUUCCCCAAACAAUGAGUCCUCAGGAGACGGGGAAGCAGGGAAUGCGACACGGCCAGACACACGUUCAAACCGAGCGUGCGACACAGAUCUUCAUGACGUCGAGAAGCCGGCCGAAUGCAAAGCCGGACUCACACAUUCAGUCAUCAUCUCAAUAGUUCUAGUGACUCUGCUUAUAGUAGUUGUAGUCAUCGUUGUGAUUUUUCUCUGCCAAAGAAGGAAGAGAAAGACCAUUCCUUGUGAUGUAAAAGAAGAGGAAGCUUUGGCUGCUUGUGAUGCUGGAACACUGCCAGUACCCAUGUUUGAUGAUGACAUCCCCUCAGUUCUCGAGCUGGAGAUGGAGGAUCUGCAGAAACUGGAUGGGGAGACAGACACUGGAGAAACAGCUUCAGCUUCUGGGAUGGAAAGUUAAAUGUGACUCCAGCGAACAGCGAGGUUUUAAAUGAGACCCCAUUAUGCCUUCAUCAAUGAGUGUCCUCAGUACGCAGUACACAAUCCACAAGCUGGCAUCUGCGACCAUUGAGGCUGAAUUAUUACCACUGAUCUGCCACAAGCCAAUAUUGAGGAGGGUGACCACAAUAUCAUCACAGAUUUAAGACUUUGGGGAACUUAGUAUUUCUGGUAGCAUGGUUUUACAUACCAUGCAGGCAUCUUCAUGAGAAAGAAAAGUAUCAAAUGUGCCUGGUUUUAUUUGCAAAUGCAGUUAUUUGUACAUUUUUGUUUAUAUAACUUUUUUACAAUUGCAGUUAGAUCUUCUGGUUUAUAAAAUAUCUCAUACUUACAAAAAUAUAUUCCCAAUAUUAUAAAAUUAGCUUUAAAAUCAUGUUUAGUUUUCAAUUGUGGCAUAAACGGGGGGGGGAAUCUGAUAGUAAUUGUGUAUCUGCCUUUAAAUUCUGUUUGAAUCAGUAGAAUGUAAUAUUUAUGCUCACCAUCAAAUUUUGCUUUUAUUUUUAAUAAAGUAUAUUUUCUUAUAA